AUGGUUGAGUGCAAUAAAGGAACGAAGUGUAGUCUUUCAUGGUUAAAGUCAAAUUUUGAAGUUGUUCCUACUCAACUAGAUGCAAAGGAGAUUGACAAAUAUGUAAUAGCAUAUAUGUUGUACGUGUUGAGAACUUGCAUUUUGCCAGACAAAAGCAGAGAUAAGGUGUGGCUCCUGUAUCUUCACAACACACUUGAAAAUGUGAAGACUUAUGCAUUUGGGGCAGCAAUGCUGGCACAUCUCCAAAAUGCUAUAGAAGAUUUUUCAGAGAGCCCGAAAAGUAAACGCUUUGUUGGAGAUGCUGCAUUUCUAACAGUUGCUAUAAUGGAGUAUAUCCCGGAGCGUGCUUAUAAACUCAUGAAAAGAAAUGAUUUUGCCAAACCUGAUAAAUUCCCUUUGCUCAUCGGAUGGGGAGAGGUGUACAAGCAAAGGCUGGAAAGCAAGUACAAGGCUUCUAUGGAAGAGUAUGUUGAUGUGCUGAAGAAUAUUGAAGAGGUUACAUGGCAGCCAUAUGCAAGGCUUACUGAGUCCUUGCCGGAUUGUUUAAAACCUCAAUUGAUCAUGCGUUUGAGUAGAACAGUCAUGAUCUGUUUUAACUACGUGGCUUACCAUCGCCCCGACAAAUGCAUAAAGAAGUUUGGCUUCCACAAAGUUGAUUUUAGUGCUUGCUGCCAGGUGAAGUCAUACCAAUCAAAAGCUAUGAGUGGGCCAGGGUAA